CAGAUUAUCUGUGUCCUCAGCAAUUAACAAUGUUGAUAUGACAAUGUCUACUACUAAGGAUAGCUUGGAGCCCACCACUGAGCCUGGCUAUGACAUACAGGGCCACUCUCAAGUCAGGAGAUGCCGAGUCUGCAGUAGCUCCACACUCAAAAUGAUUGCAGCCACUCUGUGUAUUGCAGGAGCAGUGGCUACAUGGGUUGCAAUGGCGGAGGUUCUACAAACCUUGAACAAGGAGUACAAGAGCACAUUCUUCAUGAGUUACUUUGUGCGCAGCUCCUACUCCGUCCUCUACGUCGGCUGGGCACUCUGGAGGUACUUCCCCUACUGUACCAGCAACUCCUACUCUUGUAACAGAGCUGAGGAUGGGGCUCUCACCAACUUCAGGUCUCUGGGAAUUUGGAGUGGUCUAAUUGCUGCCGUUGGACUAGUGUCCGGUUACACCUGGUAUCUGUCCCUCUCAAGAACAAACGUUCCUGCAAACACGGCCAUCUUCCAGUGUGCAGCAGCCGUUGUAUUCAUCAUCUCAGUGCCACUACUCAAGGAGAGGGUAACUGUCCUAAAGAUACUGUGUGUGCUGGUGAGUAUUGGAGGUGUGUUUAUAGUGGCCUUCUUCUCAACUGACAAGAACAACUGCUCACCAGCUAACAACAUUACUAACAGUUCUACUGGCUCUGGUUUGUAUGAGGAUGACCCCUGUGAACCCAAGCAAGAGACGAGCACCCCACUAGGAUACGUGUUUCUCGUGGUGGCCGUGAUAACAUACGCUCUCUAUGAAACGUUUUAUAAGAAAUUUGCCACCAAGAAAGAUGAUUCUAUUCCUUCUAUAAAUGGUAUCCGUGUCCUGGGCUAUAUUGGGAUCCACACACUGCUGUGGAUGUGGCCACCUAUCCUCAUCUUCCACUACACUGGCUUUGAGCUCUUCCAUUUCCCCCCUACAAUGAAGCUGUUUGGACUACUGGUGGUGAAUGCUCUCAUGGAUAUUGUGUUUAAUGGAUGCUUAUUAGUGGCAAUUGCCCUGUCAUCACCUCUCUAUGCAUCAGUUGGUACCAUCACUGCCAUCCCUACGUCAGUGGUAGUGGAUCUCAUUAUCCAUCAUUUCCUGCCCUCAUGGCAAGCAUUUGUGGGGAUUGUCCUCAUUCUGACUGGGUUCAUAGGGUUCGUUAUAUCAGAGUUUCGUGAGAAAACACUGGAAAGGAAGCACAAGAAAAGCAAGUCUCUUAAGAAUGCAGCUACAUAUAGUUCCAUAGAUACCUCCUCAGGUAGCUUACCAGAAGAGAAGCAACCAUUGAUGAGCAAGGCAGAAACUAACAGACAAUGGUGGCCAAUAGUGACCAAAUAUAUGAUAUAGUUUUUAUUCAAAUAUUUAUUUUGUCAUGUGAAUUUGAAUUUAAAUAUUUUUUGGCAAUCGUUGG